UCGGACCAUUGCGCCGUCGUUGGGUGAGGGAAUCUCCAUAGUUCGUGACUAUUACUUCUCUGUGCGCCUUGUCUCAUUUUCAUAUCUCUGCUCAGCAUUGUUCGAUCGGUUAUGUCCUUCAAUCUCUCUGGUUUUUAAAUAAUUUUCCAAUGUCCUAGUUGCUACUUGCAUCCAGUCCAUUGUUCUUGUGGUGGAAUACGUGAUAAUUGUCAUUUCCAAUGCAUGAUGUCCUCGUUUUGAGAAUGCAAACUUGCUGAAUGGAGUUGACCGAAACUACGAAGAACCCAGGUUAUUCUUGGAAGUUGGCAAGAAGGGAUAUAUAUCAAACGUGCACCUGACUCAGACAAAAUUUUAUAGUUUUAUAAUCAUAGUAAAAACCUUGUCCAGUCCAUAUUGUCAACUUAUGUUAAUCUCAUCUUUCGCUACGGAACCCUUUCUUGCCAAUAAAACCUCCAAAAGCUUGCAGAGAGCGUCCUGAAGAAGAGGAGCUGCUACCGCGUUUUAAGGGGUUGUUAUUGAAACAGAAAUUUCUGAUGAAAUUUGGUUGUUGAAUCUUUGCUACAUCUUCUCACAAUUUCCUCCGACAUUUCGUACUGUAGACUGUUGCUCUCUCCCCGUAUAUCUGAGCGCGUUUACCUUCGCGGGAAACAUGUCCCUGCUAGUGCUGGUUCCUAACACUGGGCUGUUUAACAUAUCGGCGGCUAUGCACAUCAACAUUAAUGCCGUCAAGGGCUUGCAGGAUGUCCUCAAGCCCAACCUGGGUCCCAAGGGCACCAUCAAAAUGUUGCUUGGUGGGGCUGAGGACGUUAAGCUCUUUAAAGAUGGGAACGCUCUUUUGAAAGAAAUGGUGCAACAUUAGUGAAUAAGGGAAAAGUGAGGUUUCUUGGAGAGCUCUUCUCGACGUUAUAAUGUCUCUGAAAAUUUUCCUUUUGGGUAUUUGGAAGUACGAUUGGCGGAAAGAAAGGUUCAGACUGCAUGCAACCCUUCAUCGGCCCUCAGAAUCUCAUCUCACCAAUGUAGCAGUCUCCACCAAUAUUUUGAUAACCAAGCAUGCCAAAUCUGGUGAUCUAGAAGCAGCACGCCGCUUGUUUGAUGAAAUGAGACAUCGUACAGUUGUCUCAUGGAAUACCCUGAUUUCUGGCUAUUCCAAAUGGGGAAGAUACAAUGAAGCUUUAGCUCUUGCUUCGCUCAUGCAUCACUGUAAUGUCAAACUCAAUGAAAGCUCCUUUUCUACGUUACUGAGUGUAUGUGCACACUCUGGGUCUCUCUGUCAUGGAAUUCAAGUUCAUUCCAUGCUUUUCAAAUCUGGUUUUGCGAGCUUUGAUCUUGUUGGAAGUUCUUUGCUGAAUUUUUACUCACGUUGCUUUAAAAUUGAGGAGGCUAAGUUGGUUUUUGAUGAGCUGCAUGGUGGGAAUGAGCUGUUGUGGAGUUUGGUGCUCUUGGCAUAUGUCAGGUGUAACAUGAUGGGUGAUGCGUUGGAGAUAUUUGAUAAAAUGCCAACCCGGGAUGUUGUGACCUGGACUAUAUUGAUAUCAGGGUAUGCUAAGCGUGAAAAUGGGAGUGAAAGGGCUUUGGAAUUGUUUGAGCAGAUGAGAAGUUUUGGGACAUUGCCAAAUCAGUUUACCUUGGACUGUGUUAUUAGGACUUGUGCUGAACUGAGAGUUCUACAUAAAGGGAAGGCUGUUCAUGGGUUCUGUAUUAAGUGUGGGUUUGAUUUUGACAGCUCAAUUAAUGGUGCACUUGUUGAACUUUAUUGCGAUUGUGAAGCCAUACAUGAUGCCAUUAGAGUUUAUGAGGAAAUAGAAGAACCUUGUUCGAAUAUUUCAAACUCAUUGAUAAACGGCCUUGUCUCAACUGGACAAAUUGACAAAGCUGAGCUAGUCUUCUUUGGAUUGAAAGAGACAAAUCUGAUUUCGAUCAAUAUGAUGAUUAAAAGUUAUGCUAUGAACGGACAAGCUGAGAAAUCAAAGAGAUUAUUUGAGCAAAUGAGUCCUAAGACUAUAACUUCCUCAAAUACUAUGAUUUCUGUAUAUUCCAGGUGUGGUGAACUUGAUAGAGCGGUGAAGAUCUUCAGUGAAACUAAAGGGGAAAGAGACUCUGUGACAUGGAAUUCAAUGAUGUCUGGGUACAUUAUGAACAAUCAGCAUGAGGAGGCUUUGAAGCUUUACGUAGCUAUGCGCAGAUUAGAGGUUGACUAUACCAGAUCAACAUUUUCUGUCCUAUUUCAUGCUUGCGCGUGUCUUGGAUUUCUUCAACAAGGACAAUUACUUCAUGGCAACUUGAUUAAGACACCAUUUCAAUCUAACGUUUAUGUUGGGACUUCACUUAUAGACAUGUAUUCCAAAUGUGGUCACCUCACUGAUGCUCAAAGGUCCUUCAUUAACAUUUAUUUACCCAAUGUGGCUGCAUGGACUGCCCUUAUAAAUGGCUAUGCAUAUCAUGGAGUUGGCUCUGAGGCAAUUUCAGUCUUGGAAUCCAUGUUAGCUCAAGGAGUUGUCCCAAAUGCAGCUACUUUUGUUAGCAUUCUAUCUGCAUGUGGCCAUGCUGGUCUAGUUGAUGAAGGCUUGGCAAUUUUCUACUCAAUGAAAAGAUCCUACGGAGUAGACCCAGCUAUAGAACAUUACACAUGUGUGGUGAGUCUUCUUGGUCGUUCAGGUCAUCUAAGAGAAGCUGAGGAAUUUAUUAAAAGAGUGCCUAUUGAAACAGAUGCGAUGAUCUGGGAAACUUUGCUUCAUGCUUGUUGGUUCUGGAAGGACAUGGAAAUUGGUGAAAGAGCUGCUGAGAAGUUGCUUAGUUUCGAUCCAAAAUCAAUAUCUGCUUUUGUUGUUCUGUCCAACAUAUAUGCUGUUCAAGAAAGGUGGGGACAAAAGCUGAAUAUGAGGAAGAGAUUGCAGAGUUUGAAAUUGAGAAAAGAUCCAGGGUGCAGCUGGAUUGAAUUGAACAACAAUAUUCAUUUGUUCUCUGUAGAGGAUAGAAGCCAUCCUUGUUCUGAUGCUAUAUUUGAAACCAUAGAGCAUAUUACAGCAACUAUAAAUUCUAGUAUAGUAUGAGAAAAUAAGUGUUGGCCUUAUUUUCACAUGGCACAUCCUGUGGUUCUUAAGGUUGUGUAACAGUAAUGUGAAUGGAUAUCUAUUGAAAAUUUGACCCCCCCUUCUCA